GCUCACGACAGCGACGAGAGAGAAAAAAGACGGUUUCUUUCAGUAGCAUGCCCACUGAGAAGAAAAUCAGCAGUGCUAGUGACUGUAUCAAUGCCAUGGUGGAGGGCUCGGAACUCAAAAAGGUCCGCUCUAAUGCCAGAGUGUACCAUAGGUAUUUUUUGUUAGAUGCAGACAUGCAGUCGCUGAGGUGGGAGCCAUCAAAAAAAGAGUCUGAAAAAGCAAAGAUUGACAUCAAAUCUGUUAAAGAGGUGCGGACAGGAAAGAAUACUGAUAUUUUUCGCACCAAUGGAGUUUAUGAACAGAUAUCGGAAGACUGUGCAUUUUCGAUCAUAUACGGUGAAAACUAUGAAUCGCUGGACUUGGUAGCCAACUCUGCUGACGUGGCGAACGUAUGGGUGACAGGGCUGAGGUACCUGAUCUCUUAUGGGAAACAAACUCUGGACAUGAUCGAGAGCAGUCAAAACAGCAUGCGGAUUUCAUGGCUCUCUGACCUCUUUUCAGAGACGGAUGUUAACGGUGCUGAGCACAUUGCUUUAGGAACAGCUGUUCAGCUGAUCAAAACCUUAAACCCGGGCUUGAAGAAUGUCAAGAUAGAACUCAAGUUCAAAGAGUUUCACAAAGCAAAAGACAACGUUGUCACGAAGGAGGAGUUCAUUGAAGUUUUUCACGAACUUUGCACAAGGCCAGAGAUCUACUUUCUCUUGGUUCAGUUCUCAAGCAAUAAAGAGUUUCUGGAUGCCAAGGACCUCAUGAUGUUUCUAGAGGCAGAGCAGGGAAUGGCUCAUGUCAACGAGGAUACCAGCCUGGAAAUUAUUCAAAAAUACGAGCCGUCAAAAAAAGGCCAGCAGAAGGGCUGGCUGUCUUUGGAUGGUUUUACCAAAUACCUCAUGUCCCACGAGUGCCAUAUAUUCGACCCUGAACAUAAGAAUGUGUGCCAGGAAAUGCAUCAGCCCCUGUCCCACUAUUACCUGAAUGCAUCUCACAAUACCUACUUGAUAGAAGACCAGUUCCGGGGCCCUUCUGACAUCACAGGAUACAUACGCGCCCUCAAAAUGGGUUGCCGAAGUGUUGAGGUGGACGUCUGGGACGGUCCAGACAAUGAGCCAGUAAUAUACACGGGGCAUACCAUGACGUCACAAAUAGUCUUCCGUAGUGUCAUUGACAUUAUCAACAAAUAUGCCUUUGUGGCGUCCGAAUACCCCUUGAUAAUCUGUUUAGAAAACCACUGUUCCAUCAAGCAGCAGAAGGUCAUGUUUCAACACCUGAAAAAGAUCCUGGGGGAUAAACUCUACACCGAGUUGCCUAAUGCAGAGGAAAGCUAUCUCCCAUCUCCUUACGCUUUAAAAGGUAAAAUCCUACUGAAAGCCAAAAAGCUUGCGGCUAACUGCACCAGCCCAGAGGGAGAUGUGACCGAUGAAGAUGAGGGGGCAGAGAUGUCUCAGAAGGCAGGUAAUGAAGCAGGGGAGCAUCCAAACUUUGUUACCCAGAAGACAUUUCAGCUCUGCAAAGACCUUUCCGAUAUGGUUAGCCUCUGUAAGUCAGUCACGUUCAAAGACUUCCAGCUGUCUUUCCAGAAUCAGAAAUACUGGGAAACCUGCUCUUUCAAUGAAGUGCUUGCAACCGGCUAUGCCAACGAACACCCUGGCGAUUUUGUCAACUACAACAAAAAGUUUCUUGCAAGGGUCUAUCCAAGUCCCAUGAGAAUAGAUUCUAGUAACAUGAACCCCCAGGAUUUCUGGAAGUGUGGCUGUCAGAUAGUGGCUAUGAAUUUUCAAACCCCAGGCUUGAUGAUGGACCUUAAUAUUGGCUGGUUCCGCCAAAAUGGCAACUGUGGCUACGUACUCCGGCCCGCCAUCAUGAGAGAAGAGGUGUCUUAUUUCAGUGCCAACACUAAAGAUUCGGUUCCUGGUGUCUCCCCUCAGCUCCUUCACAUUAAGAUCAUCAGUGGGCAGAACUUUCCCAAGCCCAAAGGUUCAGGGUCCAAGGGAGAUGUGGUGGAUCCUUAUGUUUAUGUGGAGAUCCAUGGGAUACCAGCGGACUGUGCUGAGCAAAGGACAAAAACCAUUAAUCAGAAUGGUGACAAUCCCAUUUUCGAUGAGAGCUUUGAGUUUCAGAUCAACCUGCCGGAGUUGGCCAUGGUGCGCUUUGUAGUGCUGGAUGACGAUUACAUUGGGGAUGAGUUUAUUGGACAGUAUACCAUUCCUUUCGAGUGCUUGCAGCCUGGCUUUCGCCACGUUCCCCUGCAGUCCCUAACAGGGGAGAUGUUGCCCCAUGCCUGGAUUUUUGUGCAUGUGGCCAUGACCAACCGCAGGGGAGGGGGGAAGCCACACAAACGGGGACUCUCUGUGAAGAAGGGGAAGAAGUCCAGAGAGUAUGCCACCAUGAGAAUAUUGGUGGUUAAAGCAGUAGACGAGGUCUUCAAGAAUGCAUUGCAGCCUUUAAGAGAAGCCACAGAUCUCAGAGAGAACAUGCAGAAUGCAAUUGUGCCAUUUAAAGAGUUGUGUGGACUGUCAGCUGUGGCUAAUCUAAUGCAGUGCAUCCUGGCACUGUCAACGCGCCUCAUGAGUGGAGACAAUACGCCCUAUGUGCUAUUCAACCUCAAGGGCCAGUUCCCUACCAUGGAGCCUCAGGGGUUGAUCCCAGAGAUGCUGAAGAAGAUUGUGACUGCGUAUGAUGCUAUGAUUCAGACCAGCAGGACUCUAAUUGAAAAUGCAGAUGGGGUAUAUGAAAAGAUAAUGCAGUGCCAGAAAGCAGCCAUGGAAUUCCAUGAGAACUUGCAUCACAUAGCAGCGAAAGAAGGUCUGAAAGGAAGGAAACUGCACAAGGCCGUGGAGAGUUUUACCUGGAACAUCACUAUUCUGAAGGGGCAGGCAGAUCUACUUAAACAUGCUAAAAACGAGGUCCUGGAAAACCUGAAGCAAAUUCACUAUGCCGCCCUGACCUGUGACCUGAGUAAGCUUAGCAUCGGCUCGACAGAGUCAUCUAAGGCAAGGCGCAGUCUAGGCGCCAUUCCUGAAAAACUCACUGGAGACGAGGAGUCUGCAGACAGGGACAAGGACUUUGUCCUCCAGAGGUCGGUAGCUCGCUGAUAUCCUCUCUCAAGCUGACUUGGUCGUGUGAUCGGAGGAUGCCCACUGAACCUUCAGGUCUCCUGAGCCAUGUGGAGAAUUCCAGCGGUGAGGAGGAAAGCGAUUGGGCAUUCAAAAUGGGGUGAAAAUCAGGAGAAAUAAUAAUAAUUUAUUAAAAAUACAAAAUAAAAUAAAACACGACUACCGGUUGCCCAGAAUGUUUUUUUUUAGGGGAAGCCUAAAGCACAGUAUGGAAGGUGUUGACCAAAAAGCUGGAGCUAUGAAUGUAGCCGAAUGUAGUGUACAAAACAAAACAAAAAAUGGGGGAAAAAAAACUAUUUAUAGAAAUGGACUGCUCAGUGUUCUGUCUGCCAAAAUGUGUAUGUGUUUACAGAGUUCUGACUUUACCAGCUCAUGUGAAGUACAAGUUUGUUUUUUCUUUGUUUUGUUUAUUUCAGGUUUAGUAAGAAA